AGUUCAUGUGACAUACUACCGCAUUUGAUAUUAUUCCGCCAAAGAUGAAACCGUGAUUCUACGUAAUUAUGAAAAUAAUUAGGUUAUAUACCAUGUAUCAGUGAUGAUAUUGGUAAAAGAUUUAAGGGACACAAACUGAAAUAGCUGCCGAACUGCACCUCCAGUCUACCAAAGCGCUAAGGACUAUUUCGUGGAGCGGUCUGUUAUUCAGUCAGUCAAGUUACAUUGUCUACUAACCACAACCAGCUGUGACUGAACCAUGGCGUCCAGACCGCUGUGUGAGGAACCAGACUCCAAGAGCUCUCUACCCUGUCCCUCUCCACCAGACUCUGAUUUGGGGGAGGACACAGAGACAGAAGGCUGUGGGAGAGACAGGGACAGGGAGGACAUGUUCCCUGGGGGACAAGAACAUAGAGACCAGGACAGGUCAUAUUCGGAGUCCAGCUCACCGGUGGAUGUCAUCGUUACGACAGACAGCAAAGACAUACCCGAUGACCUGACCAGUACAAACAGCAAAGAUGGCUCCCAUAUCGUCAAAUGGACUGUCAGCAUUGUUAUAGCCAUUCCUAAAGGUGAAGAACCCUGUCCUGUAGGUGAGGCUAUGGUCUUAGUGGAGAAGGCCAAGAAGAAGCCCAAACGUGUACUGUCUGGUGGAGUGGUGGAGGCCCCCAAGGCCCAGACAUACUACCGUAUAGAGUACAACAUGCUGCCUGGUGACCAGGACCCUGUUAAAGUAGAUCUGGUGAUGUUUGGCCUUGCUGCUAAGAUCUACAUGGAGAAUGAGACCAAGGUGUUGAAGCCGUGGCUUGAAGGGGACCAGGUGUGGUUAGGCUGGUCCCAGUCUGUAAAGGUCAGAGUCACCAGAGAGCUGCUCAUUAAACUGGUGUCUCAUAAAAUCACCUUCAAAAUCUGGGACACCAAGGACAGAGUCUCUGCUAAGGCCAGAUAUGACCGACCCAAAACCUUCCGGCUGCCACAGGCCAAACCAGGGGAAGACAAUGAUCUAGGUGGGAUAAAGAACAUGGUGUACAAGCUGAGAACAAUGUUUGAGAAGAAGAAUCCCAGGACCAGAUCGUCCAAUAAGAGAGGAGAUGCCUUGUCUACGGACUUCAAGAGGUUCUCUGAGCUCAACUGUGUUACAGUUGAGCCCAAGGCAUCCAUCACGGAGGUCUCCUCCUCAGCUGCCCUCAACACAGGAUCGCUGGUCUCAGACACAGAACAAUGUGGAGCCAGAACAGGGGAGCAGGACCUGCAGUCAGUCGACUCAAAGAGUGCCAAACCUGACGGCCCAGUGGAACAGGAGCAGGACUCUGCUUCAUCAAAACCAGCCCUGGAUCAGUCCUCCAAAGCCGUAAAAGAAACCAGCAAGACAACCAGCAAGACAACCAUUCCUCCUAUGAGGGCUUGUUCAGUGAAGGACAAGUUGGUGGUGCCUAGGAAGAAGGCUCUCGUCAAGUCGACCCUGGAUACUGCUUCUCACAUUGAGCACAUCAGGAGGAACGGAGUGGCAUCACUAGAACUCAGCUACAUAUACCUCCUGGCAGGAGACCGGUGUCUGACUGACUGCCUGGAGACGUGUUCCUCUGGGGUGUACGAGGGUCUGUGUAACAUCACACUUGACCGACCUCUGAUCUCUGAGAAGCUGAAGGCUGAACUCAACCCUCUAGUCAUCACCAUCCUGUCAGCCUCCUCCCUGCCAUCAUCCCCUGUCCCCUUACAUGUCUUAGAGGAGAAGUGUCUGCCAGUGUACUGCCAGUACCAGUUCCAUAACACGUCUAUGCACCGGACCAAAGGCCAGGAACACAGCACUAACGUUUAUUUCAACGACGUCAACGUCAUCAUGACAGGCUUGCUAAGUCCCGGGGAGCUGUUGGAGGUCCUGCGAGGUCCUCCGCUGGAGAUUGAGGUCCACGACAGAGACAGGAAGUUGGAGAAGGUGUCGACCAGCCCCGCCCUGUUUGGGACAUAUCCCAAUGAUGACAAGCUAAGCAGUGUAGUCGUGGUCUCUGGGAAACGGACCAAUCACCACCCCUUCACAGAGAAUAGCAAACACUAUGACCCCUGUGGCCUCGCCAAGCUUAACCUCAACGACCUGCUACAAGGACAGAGGAGUCUGAAGGUGAACCUGCCGAUCCGCUGUUCCCCACCGCCCCAGCUGUUGAGUAGUGAGAGGAGUGACUGGGAGAGGAAAAUGGCCUCCAUGCCAGGGACAGGAGGGGUGGAUGGGCCAGAGCAACAGCCUGGACACUACUUUGAUGCCAAUUCACAGCUCAAGGUGCAGGUGGAGAUUGCCUGUCCUCUGACGGUAGGAGGUGGGGCCAGUGACGGGGCAUGGGACUGCCCAUUCGGACGCAUCAUAUACCUGUUCAAGUACGCUAAUGUCUCGGUGAUGUCACGGCUUAGGGCGGAGCUACUAAGGAUCAAUGCUGUGGCGUUCCAUCUGGAGGACCAAUCAGAGGAGACGGUGGAGCGGGCAUUGUCGUGUUACAAGAUGGCGGCGCGGGAGAGGGAGAGCCGUGACUUGGACGUGGUGACGGGGUUCCACCUGCUAGAUAAACAAAUCCACCUUUUUGUUCUGGAAGGACUGAAACAUAAAGGUGUCAUGAGACUCUGGGAGACUGUCUCCAUACAGUUAACAGGCAGUGAGGAGGACCAGGUGAUGGUUCUCUAUAAUUCUGGUCUGAGUUUCUCUAAGCGUCUAUAUACCCUUCUGGACGUCAGCUUUACUCCCGUCCACCUACACCAACCCCUGGAGACCAUCAUGAGACAACCUCUGGUCUACGUCAGAGACAUGGUGCCUCAUACCUGCUUCCAGGCCAUGUCACG